AUGGUGGUAGGGAAUGGGGUGAGCGUAGGCGGCGGGAACGGGAUUACGUCGGUGAUUGUGGUUCCGAAUCAGGAGUUGGCCUUUCAGUUGGUUGAAUGGACAAAGGAGCUGUUUCCGAGUUUGUGGGAGGAGGAAGGGGACGGGUUUUUAGAUGGGAUGAUUCAGGCGGUUGUUACCCCUCCACCGUCGCCAGUCGAUCCUACUUCUACAGGCAAGCCAGCAGGACCAGGACCAGGAGGAUACACAUCAACAGGAAAGAAGACGCGCCAUCGCCCCCGAGCCACAUCCUCCUCCAACACAAAAGCAGACGAAGAGCAGAUCGAAAAACUCGCCCAGAAUCCUCCACACGUCCUCGUCGCAACCCCACACCGACUUUGGGACCUUCUCCAACGUGGGGUCCUCGACCUCUCGCAGAUUGAGACGCUAGUCUUGGAUGAAGUAGAUCAUUUGAUCAGGCUGCCGAACCGGUUUGCGAGCAGGAAGCAGGUUCUCAAUAGGGAUCUCCAUCCAAAACCUGCAGAGCUGGCCGUGAGCGAGAUCUUAAGAUCUGCCCAGGCUGCGGGGCGGUACCCUCCCUCCUUAGCACCAGUAGAGGCCACUGAUCAGGAAACUGGCCUAUCGACGGAGGAUCAGGAUACCACCACUAGUAGCGGCGGAAAGGUGGCAAGGACGGGGAAGGGAGCAGACAGGAUCCAGAUUGUUGCGGCGUCAGCGACGAUGAAUCGGCCCAUGCGGCAUUGGUUGGAGACUGUUCGGGGGUGGGUUCAGGACCCGACUUGGGUGGAUACGACCAAGAGUGUAGUUCUGCCCGAGGGGAUUGAGCACCGUUGUAUUAUUGUCGGGCCUGAUUCUGUCCGGAAUAUGCGUUUUGAUACCAGUGAGAGCGAGAAGGUUGGUGGUGAUGGAGGAAGGGAGGAGCUGGAGGUGGAUAUGGCGGAGACGGAUCGCGCAUGGAACCAGUCCAAGGACGCCUCCAACACCCCAACAUCAAAGGAGAAGGAGGCAGCAUGGAAGGAACGCAGCCUCUCAGCCCGAGGCGUUAUCUCACCCGACAUCGACACUGGUGCUGUAGAAAAGUUCCGGGACGACGAUGACAGGAUGUUGGAGGGUGUCGCUAUGGCCUGUCAACUGGACGAUGUCAAAUCCGCAUGCGUCUUCUUCUGUACUUCCUUCAGUUUGAAGGAUUUGGCGACCCGGUUCGAGUUUGAGUUUGGGUUACCUGUCAAGACUAUCCAGGACGCCUUCCCCCUCUCCCAACUCCCUCCUUCCUCUACCUCCACCUCCACCUCUGCCCUCACAACGACGGCAACGACGAAGAAGAGGAGUGCAGGAAUCUACAUUGCGCAUGAAGAAAACGCCCGCGGCCUCGACCUCCCCGGCCUAUCCCACGUCUUCAUCGUCGGACUCCCCUCGUCACCAUCCAGUUACCUACAUAUGGCCGGGCGGACGGGUCGGAUGGGUGAACGGGGUGAGGUUGUGACGAUUCUGAGGGAUGAUGAGUUUUUGGAGGAUAGGGCCCGAAGUCUGUUUAGGAUGUUGAAUGUCAAGGUCGAGCCUUAUCGGCAUGUUGAAUAA